AUGCAGGACCUCGACGGCUUCUGGUGUCUAGCACCAGAGCGCCAGACCGGGCAGAUUUCGUGUCACUUGCUGUUGCAGAUAGCCAUCUUCCACGUAGAGAGGGGCCCGUUCUGCGAGCUGUUCCUGCAGUGCGUGACGUACGGCUUCUACACGGAGCCGUGGCAGGAGCAGCUGUACGCCGCCUUCAGCCUCAUGUGCAUGUUCGUGCUGCCGCUCGCCAUCCUCAUCGGCACAUACGUGUCUACUUUCAUCACCAUCUCACGCAGCGAGCGCGCCUUCCGGCUGGAGACGGAGCGCGGCAGCAAGGGCGGCGGCGACGCUGCCGGCGACAACCGGCGCCGCCUCAUCCGGCGCGCCAAGGCCACCUCGGUGCGCAUCUCGCUGCUCAUCGUGGCCGCCUUCGUCGUCUGCUGGACGCCCUACUACACCAUGAUGAUCAUCUUCCUCUUCCUCAACCCGGACAAGCACCUGAGCGAGGAUUUGCAGUCGGGGAUUUUCUUCUUUGGGAUGUCCAACAGCCUGGUGAAUCCUAUUAUCUACGGUGCCUUCCACCUGUGGAGACCAAGACGUAAAAGUCGAAGUGAAUAUCGCAGUGAGUUCGCCUCCGGGACGCUGCGGCGCAGCGCCGCCACGGCGACGCCGACGGCGCUGGGCGGUGACGGCAGCGGCGGCGGCGGCGGCGGCGGCGGCGGCAGCCGGCGCUGCACGAGGCGGCGUCGCGACCACCAGCUGUGGGACGGCACCGCAGCUGGUGCGCCGCUCUGA